UUUGGAGAGAGAGCGAGUGGAAUAGAGAGACAUUUGAAGAAGAAGAAGAGGGGAGGAGGAAGAAGGAAAAGGAAGGAGGAGGAGAAAGAUUUGCAGAAAAACUUUGAAAGGAAAAAGGGAGACGAUUCAGUCACCGGACCGGUAGGAAAGGAAUAAACGGAGACUGAAACUGAAGGCUCAAGCGGCGUAAAAUCUGUGCGUGUGGAUUUUAGUGCUACCCUGGAGCCGCUGGGCAGGCCCCUGCUCUCGAGUGUCGCUGUGCGGAUUAGAUGAGUUUGAUUUAAUGAUGAGGAGCGACCCUGUUCUGUUUACUUCCAACAGGGCGAUGGAGGAGCUAGUUUGUGAGCUUCGUCUGUUCCUGGACCUGCUGGACAGGGAGUAUCUGAGUGCCGGGGUUCGAGAGAGGAAGAUGCACCUGUCCAACAUCCUCCACAGAGUUCUUUCAGAGAAAGAGCCUUCAUUCAAGUCAGACAUCAACAGUGGUCUGCCGGCCCCGCCUCAGAUGCCCCUCCCCGAGAUCCCUCACCCCUGGCUCCCUCCAAACAGCGGCCCUCCUCCUCUGCCCAGCUCCUCUGUACCAGAAGGCUACUAUGAAGAAGCGGUUCCUUUAAGUCCUGGAAAGGCUCCUGAAUACAUCACCUCCAACUAUGACUCUGACGCCAUGAGCAGCUCCUAUGAGUCGUAUGAUGAGGAGGAGGAGGAUGGGAAGGGCCAGAAGAUGCGUCACCAGUGGCCAUCUGAGGAGGCAUCCAUGGAUCUGGUGAAGGAUGCUCGGAUCUGUGCAUUCCUGCUGCGCAAGAAGCGCUUUGGUCAGUGGACCAAACUGCUCUGUGUCAUCAAAGAUAAUAAACUGCUGUGUUACAAGUCCUCCAAAGACCACACACCCCAGAUGGAGCUGACCCUGUCAGGGUGCAGCAUCACUCACAUCCCCAAAGAUGGCAAGAAGAAGAGGCAUGAACUGAAGAUCAUCCACCAGGGGGCAGACGCCCUAGUGCUGGCUGUGCAGAGCAAAGAACAGGCUGAGGAGUGGCUCAAGGUGAUGAGAGAGGUGUGUGUUAAUGGGAGUGUGGACUUGGAUGGAGCUGGAUCUGGAUCACCAGUACACAAACCCGAACUGGAAAAGAAAGCCUCAUGUGACAGGCCGAGCUCUGACGGUGAGGUGACUCACGAGAACGGACACAGCGACUGUAAGGACCAAGGAAAAGGAAAGAAGAACUCAAAGUCAGAACAAAAGAGUGGGACAGUGGGGAAGGGAGCAGGGAAGAAAAUUACUAAAAUAAUCGGGCUGGGGAAGAAGAAGCCGUCUACAGAUGAGCAGACUUCAUCAGCAGAAGAAGAUGUACCCACAUGUGGCUACCUGAACGUGUUGUCCAAUAACCGCUGGCGGGAGCGCUGGUGCCGCCUGAAAGACAACCAGCUGCUCCUCCACAAAGACCGGGAUGAUCUGAAGAGCCACAUUGCCUCACUGCCCCUUCGAGGCUGCGAGGUCAGCCCCGGUCUUGAUCACAAACACCCGUUCGCCUUCCGACUGCUUCGCAAUGGCCAGGAGGUCGCUGUGCUGGAGGCCUCCUCCUCUGAGGUGAUGGGUCGCUGGUUGGGUGUUUUAUUGGCUGAGACGGGCUCCUCCACCGACCCAGCCACCCUGCACUACGACUACAUCGAUGUCGAGACCACUGCCAAUGUCAUACAGCUGGCCAAGCAGUCCUUCUGUUUCACCAGUAAGCGUGCUGUCUCUCCUAACCCAUACCUGGACAACCCAGUGAAUGGCUACGCCUGCCCUACUGGCAUGGCUCUGCACUACGAUGAUGUGCCAAUCAAUGGAAUGGACCCAGAGGCGCUGUACUCCAGUCCUAACACUGGGGGGCGCCAGCUGAAAGAGGAAGUUCACUAUGAGAACGCUGAACUGUAUGAGAACACGCCCUCACCUAAACUGGCUUCUGGCUGUCCUCGCAAGCCUUCCUCUUCUUCUGCUUUCUCCUCCUCCACCUCUAACAGUCGCAACAAAGGCCCUGUUUCUAAAAUCUCUUCUAAGUUCCUCACUGAUGAUGCUAAAACUAAAGGCAGUGUUCAGCUGAAGGGAAAGAAGGGAACUGCAACCAAUGGGGUGGCAUCAAAGCAGAAGACAGAGCCAAAGAACCAAUCCAAGAAAAAUGGAGUUAGUGGGACAAAUGGGACGGCUACUCUCAAACGCAACAGCUCUAGUGCAGAGCAGUGUAAGUAUGGCAAGAACCGCGUGGAGGCCGAUGCCAAGCGGCUACAGUCUAAGGACGAAGAGCUAACGAAGAAGAAGCAGGAGAUCAGGAACCAUCUGACCCAGCUAAAGAAGGAGAGGAGAGACCUGCGUACUGCUGUGGAAGCUGCUGCUGGGAAACGCUUGCACGGCUCUUUGUCGGAGCAACUGAAGAAGGUGGAGGAAGACUGCAGACAGAAGGAGGAGGAGCGGGUCAAUCUGGAACUGGAGCUGACAGAGGUCAAGGAGAGCUUGAAGAAAGCCCUGAGCGGAGGGGUCACCCUGGGCCUCACCAUCGAACCAAAAGCUGGCUCCUCUGGACUCCAGUCACCAGCAAUGUUGCGAUGGACCCAGGAGUCCUCUCCCUUCUCCAGCUGUGACACCAGUGACACGGAGUCCUGCUCCCUUCCCGUCAACAGCGCCUCGCUGCUCCGCCGGCAGCAGGCCGUCCAGAAGCCCUCACCAGUCCGGGGACAUGUCCUCAGGAAGGCCAAGGAAUGGGAACAGAAGACUGGCACAUAAAUCAGCCAACGGCUCGCAUCGGUCUCACUUUAAUGUCUUUUUUUUUUUUUUUUUUUUCUUUUGAAGAAUUUGUGUAUAUAUUUAUUUAAAACUGUUCAUACACUCUAAGACCGUGUUGAGGAGGACACAAGCGUAGCAUACACGUGAACCACACUGUCAGCAGCGCAACAUGCAGACUUAGCAACCAUUUAAAACCUUAUCGCUAUUGAACUUGCUCGGGGCAGCUUGUGAUGUCCGCGGUACCCUUUUCAAGCAACUACACUCUUUUUCUCAUCUUUCAUUCAAAUCUGUGCCAGCAGAUUGAACGCUCGGGUUCAGAAAAGUUAAACGUCAAAGCCAAGUAUUUAUUUGUAAAUGUUUAAAGGAAAUACUAGCUUCCCUUUGUUUAUUUAUGUUGAUCUAUUUAAAGUGUUUUGUAGCAUUGCGGCAUUCCACACAAUCCCAUCCCCCUCACCUUUAAUGGGUUUCAUUCGUGCGUCGGCAUCAGCAAACAAAGUGCAACUUUUAAGGCUCACAGUAAUCAAGUAGUAACAACGCAGCUCCACUCUAAGGUGUAUUUCCAGAAGCACAAUUAGUCCAAACGAUCUCUAAGAAACACAACAACUGAAAGAGAUGUUGAUGGCUCUAUGACAUGUUCAGCCUUUUUGUUCAAACUGACAAACUGUUAUGCGUGAGAGUCUAAUAUUGACGACAUUACAGUCAGGUAAUGGAUUUGAUAUGGAUAAAAUCAAAGAUUUACUCAAACGCUAAACCAUCUCUUUAACAGUAUGAAGCCACUGACUUCUGAUGUUGCCUGACAAUCUUUUCAAGAUGGCAACCAGGAUCAGAGACAGUUGGUUUUUACCCCCUCCAGAACAGUGUGGGGUCAUGAGGUGAUUUUAGCAUUGUGGCCACAUUUGGAAUUUUAAAUCAUGUGAGACCUACUUUACCAAGAACAUAUUUCCAUAAGUACAGUUAUUACAAAAGAAACAAUUUCUAUUCAAUUUCAAUUUAUUUAUAUAGCACCUUAUACAAUCAAAAUUGUCUCUAGAUGCUUUACAGAGACCUAGAGCCUGAACCCCCAAGCAAGCAGACAGUGGCAAGGAAAAACUCUCUUUUAACAGGAAGAAACCUUGAGCAGGACCCGGCUCACAAGGAAGAACCAUCCUGCUGUAAACAGCCGUAAAUUGAUACAGACGUUUUUCUUGAUCCAUUUGUUUCAAUAUAAUAUAACAAUGAAAUGCAUAUCUAUUAAUUUCAGAGCUGACAAUGUCAAACAAAAUUUACCCCCAAAAAGCAUCUUUUGUGCUGCGACACACUGUUUCUUUUUUUUCUUUUUUUUUUUCUUUAGGCUUAUUUCGUUGGAAAUAAUCCCAGAUAAAACCAUACGUAAAAUAAGAACCUGCGUGGUACCAUUUUAGAAAAUAUAUUUUGUUGGAACCUGCCUGUUAACUGACCACUAAUGGAAUAAUUGUGCCUCUUUAAAUAGCCCCCUCAGUGUGAUGAUGGAUGCUGUCAUUAGGCUGUAGCAGGACUCUAGCCAGGUGUGUGUUAGUGCUCGGUAAGCCGAGCAGGUCAGGCUGAGGUGAGGCUGCCUUAAGAUUUGGUGCUCGUUGAUGGGAAACGGCCAAUGUUAGUCCCUCAUCCAUUGUAAUAGUUCCACUGCUUAGACCUUUCUGCCGCGCUAAUGUUCCUCAGUAUACAAGGUUCCUUACUGGGAUUGCUGACAGCAGUAGCGUUAGCAUGCACCACAGCUAGAGUUUGGAGAUCAACGUUAUGUGCAGCACAUGGGCGCCACCUGCUCCUCAGUUGUGUAAAUAUUUUCUCUCCCCCUCCUGCUUUCAAAUGGAUACUGCUCAUGCCUGCAAUCUAGAUGAAUAGUCAGCAUGUUAAGCAUGAAGACGGGGCACACGGGGAGUUACUGUAUACCCACAAGUAUUUAGUUCAUUUCGAUUGGCUCAGCGUGGCUUAUAGCUGAGUAAGAUGUCUGGUGUCAGUAUACGUGAACCUGCUGUGUAUAGCUUGUUUGUUUUGCACCUUAUACAUUUUCUCCUCUGUUGUAUUCUCAGACAGUCUCCGCCUCGGUGACGGACAUGCUGUACAUAAAUUAAUAAACCUCCUUACAUCAGAACAA